UGCCGUUACAUACAUUGCAACGUGAGUAACAAGUUGAGGGUGCAAGAUUGCAACAUGAGGUUCACGCUGGUAUUUCUGAUCGUGGCGAUCGUGAUUUGUACCAUGAUCCAAGACUCUGAACAAUUUUGGUGGGGGCGCGGGUUUAGAGGCGGUAGAGGACGUGGAUGCCAUCGUCGUAGAACAACAACAACGACUACAACAACGACUACAACGACAACGCCUUCAACAACUACUACUACCACAACAACACCGCCACCUCCUCCUCCAGGUAGAAGAAGGCGCGAAGUUAUGGAGGAACCACUUCUAUCACCAACGGUGCAAUAAAAGUGAAGAAAGUCAGUCAAAUUUCCGUGAAGGCACGAAUAAAAUGCUAAAACUUGAAAAUAGGAUUAUAGUUUUACUCCAUUACCGAAAUAAAUGAUGUUCACUGUUAUAGUUUGUGAAAUAAAUAAUUAAUGAGCAAUAAAAGUAUAUAUAUUUGUG